AGAAGUAGCAAGAGGAUGAUGAAGGCGCAGCACGGGCACGGCUUGCCCGGCGGCGGCGGCGUGGGACACGGGCGGCGUGCGCCGUUCAUGACCUCGUACGCGCUGACGCUGGCCUUCAUCACCUUCGUGUCCCUCCUCUACUUCAAGGACUUCUCCUCCACGCUCCACCAGCCCUUCCUCCACCACCCGCCGCAACGCAGCCACCGGCCCCGCGUCCCCAGGGCCCGGCCCCGGCCACUGCAGCUGCCCCAUGUUGCAACCGCCGGCGGAGCAACCGUGGAGGUAGUAGAGAAGGCCGCGUCCCGCUCCCGCGCGCCGGAGCCGCGGCGGCUGCCGUUCGCGGUGGGCCCGGCGGCGGCGGCGGCGGGGUGCGACAUCUCGGUGGGGGAGUGGGUGUACGACGAGGCGGCGCGGCCGCUGUACCAGGAGGAGGAGUGCCCCUACAUCCAGCCGCAGCUCACCUGCAAGCAGCACGGCCGCCCCGACACCGCCUACCGCCACUGGCGAUGGCAGCCGCGCGGCUGCGACCUCCCGAGCUUCAACGCGACUCUUAUGCUCGAGAUGCUGCGGGGAAAGCGCAUGCUGUUUGUCGGAGAUUCUCUCAACCGGGGGCAGUACGUGUCGCUGGUCUGCCUCCUGCAUCGGGCCAUACCUGAGAGCUCAAAGUCCAUGGAAACAUUUGACUCCCUCACAGUUUUCAGGGCAAAGGACUACAAUGCCACGAUUGAGUUCUACUGGGCUCCUUUUCUUGCCGAAUCAAAUUCGGAUGAUGCCGUUGUGCACCGUGUUGCGGAUAGAAUAGUAAGGGGGACAGCCAUUGAAAAGCAUGCCAAGUUUUGGAAAGGAGCUGACGUUGUGGUAUUCAAUACCUACCUGUGGUGGAUGACCGGACAAAAGAUGAAAAUUCUGCAAGGUUCUUUUGAAGAUAAGAGCAAGGACAUUAUAGAAAUGGAAACAGAGGACGCUUAUGGGAUGGUACUGAAUGCCGUUGUGAAAUGGGUCGAGAACAACAUGAACCCUAGAAAUUCAAGGGCGUUUUUUGUCACUAUGUCACCUACCCAUACAAGGAGCAAAGAUUGGGGCGAUGAUUCUGAUGGAAACUGCUAUAACCAGACUACACCAAUCAAAGAUCUGUCUUACUGGGGACCGGGCACUAGCAAGGGCCUGAUGCGAGUUAUUGGAGAAGUGUUCAGCGCAUCCAAGGUUCCUGUUGGGGUCGUCAACAUCACGCAGCUGUCCGAGUACCGCAAAGACGCACACACCCAGAUAUACAAGAAGCAGUGGAACCCCCUGACCCCUGAGCAGAUCGCCAGCCCCAAGAGCUAUGCGGACUGCACCCAUUGGUGCCUCCCGGGACUCCAGGACACCUGGAACGAGCUGCUCUACGCAAAGCUCUUCUUUCCUUGAGUGAAGGAAGGAGUUCCGAUUCGGAGAAUUGAGGCAAGAAGAGCACAUACACUGAACUGAUCCUUCCCUUGACCGAAAGAAGUCCGUGAGCAUCACGUCCAAGUUCCAGGGAGUAUAGUAUAUCGUCUGGGAAAGGUCUGGUCGGCUGGAGAAGGGCUUAGUGUAGCUAACAACGUACAGAUCCGACGAUUCUGGAACAUAUACACGCCAUGCGCCCGGUGACAGCCUGAGGGGUGUUUGUUGAAACACCACUUGCUAAUAUUGUAACAAUCCUCUGCCUUGAAGUGGCAUGAUGUGCAAGUGUCAUUCUUUUACUGAAUGUGAAAUGCCAAACUGCUCGAGGUGAUCACAUGUAUGCAGAAGUCUUUUUUAUGGCCUGCUGAAUACUUUUGUGUUGAAGUUAA